GCGAAUGCUUGUGAUUGGCUCUUGCUAUAGGUGUCCAUGGCAACACGUACGAACACAAAAUAGUUGAUGCCAGCGCUUCUUCAAGAGCUCAAGAGAAACUACAUCGAACUAAUCUUGAUAAACGCAACCUUCUUUAAGACGUAAAAUGGAAGAGGAGUCAUUAGAGUACACUCACGAGGAAAGCUUUGUUUUAGAAACUGACACACUAAUGGAAAACACUAAAACCCUUGAAGGUCCUGCAGACGCAGAGCAGGUCAUGGAGGAAGAAACUGAGGAACCUGAAGCUCCUAAUAAUCCAGAAGCUGUAGAGGAAGAUAAGGCCGAGCAGCUCUUAACAGAAGACACGUCUGUGCCUGAGACCAGUGAACAACAGACCGGUGAAAUCCAGAUUGAGCAACAUUUGAUAACAGAAGAGGACCCCCUUAUGAAUGAGACUUUGGAGGACACUGAGGGUCCUGAAACAGAACCAUCCCUUGAAGACUCUGAGGAUGAAGAAGAAGAGGAAGAAGAUGAGGAGAAUAGUCUUCCAGCUCCUGAGCCGGAGAAUGAGAGGUCCAUCAGCCCUCCUGAAGAACCACAGGCUCAUACAGAAGAUGAGGAAGUUGACCCCAGCAUCAUCAAGGAAAAGAUGGAGCUGCUGCAUAAACUACAAUCAGAGAACGAAAAGCUUAACAAGAUAAACCAACAACUGCAGACCAGAAUAGCAGAACACUUUAGUAAGAAGAAAGGGGAUCAACAUGUCAAGUUAGACGAGGAUAUCUCAGAGCAGGAGCAGUAUGAGAAGUACAUGCAACUGAUAGCGGACAUGAAAGAGCAGCAGCUGCAUUUCUCAAAGCUUCACCAGGAGCGGAUGGAGGAUCUCCAUCUACAGAGCUCAGAGAAACUCAAGCAGGUGGAGCAAGAGCUGAGAUUCUUUGCUGCACUGAAAUAUGAAACUGUGAUGAAGGCCUCACUGACUGGUAAGGUGGGCAAACAGGAAACACUGGCAAAGGUGGAGCUGCUGAAGGCGGAGGAAUUGAAGCAGGAGGAUAAGUUGGUUUGUGUGCGGCUCAACAAUAUCAAGUUGAAGAAUAAAAUAUCUAAGUAUGAGAGGGCGCUCAGGUCUAAACGGGAACUGGUGGAUGGGCUCCUGCUGAUGGACUUUGAGCAGCUCAAAACAGAAAACCAGUCUUUCAUGGACAAGCUGGAGGAGAGGAGUGAAGAGCUACAUCGACUGAAAAAGAAGGUCGCAAGCUCUGUGCAGGGCAUUUCCCAUGUGAAAGAGAAGCUUCAUUUCAUGCAGAUGGAGAAUAAGGCCAAACACACUCAACUGGCGCAGACAGACACACUGGUGGCUCUCAAGCGUGAAGUGCUGACACGAACCCGACAGGUCCGCGAUGGCCUGCGCACAGAUAAUCUGAAGCUUCAGCAGCGCUCUGGUUUAAUGGGAAACACCACACUGCUGCAGGACUAUGAGGAGAAGAUGGACACGUCUGAAAACCUCCAGCAGAAGCUCGAGAUGCUAAAGAAACAUCACGCUGAACUCUCAAUGAAGUGUGCUGGAGUCCAGAGGAAGAUUAAAGACAGCAGAUUAGAGAGACAGUGACCCCUUCAGCCAGCUGUUUC